AUGCCCCAUUUCACCCUUGACGACGCGGCAACCCAAUCCCCCACCGGCCUAACCCGACAUCUCAACACCACCGUCGAAGAAUAUGUCUUCCCUAUCCUCAUCGCCCUCUCAUGGUGCAAUGCCAUCGAGCUGGUCAUCCUCUGCCUCAACACCUUCAAACGCUACACCGGCACCUACUUCUGGUCCCUCCUGAUCGCCUCCCUCUCCAUCAUCCCCUUCAGCCUCGGCUACCUGCUCAAAAUGUUCGGUCUGACUUUCACCAACUACUUCCUCGAGAUCUCCAUAGUCGGCGUCGGCUGGGCCGGCAUGGUCACGGGACAAUCCCUCGUUCUCUGGUCCCGGCUGCACCUCGUGCUACAUCAGAAGAAACUCCUGCGCGGCCUCCUCUACCUGAUUAUCUUCGACGGGGUGCUACUACAUUGCUCGAGCGAGGGGCUGGAACUGGCGGUUAAUGCGAUGCCGGAUUCUCAGCCUGUGAAUGUUGCCUUUGGGAUCAUGGAGCGCAUACAGUUGGUAUGGUUCUGUGCGCAGGAGCUGUUGCUCUCGGGGCUGUAUAUACGCGAGACGGCGAGGAUGUUGCGCAUGGAUAGUGGGGAGUUGUCCAGGAGUGUAUUGGUGCAGUUGUUGCUGGUGAAUGUGGUGAUUAUUGUCUUGGAUUUGUCGGUCGUGGGGAUUCAGUAUGCCGGGUUUUUUACGUUCCAGGUGACGUUCAAGGCUUUGGUUUAUAGUAUUAAGUUGAAGUUGGAGUAUGUUAUUUUGGGUAGGUUGGUGGAUGUCGCGUAUGUGAGAUCGCAGGUCGAUACGCCGAGGUUUAGGUUUUGA